AUGAAGGUGCGGGUUCACUUUGGCGCGAAGUCCCUCCUCUCCGACGCGGAGGACGUGGAAACGCUCGCCCACCACAUGGUGCGUCUCGUGCAGCUCGAGCUGCCGCAUUAUUUUUCCAAGUUUGUUCUCCCGCGCGACGACGCCACCGCGCCACUCGUGACGGCGCACGGAAGCGCGGAGCACCUGCCACUCGCGCGCUGGCUGCUAGUGGGGGAUCCGGCGCGGGGCGAGGGCGGGGCAAAGGCCGGCCAGGCAGGCGCCGGAGGGCUGCCGUUCGAACUGAUGCUGGAGGCGCAGACGAAGGCGUUCGGUCCGCUUUUGGUCAUCAGCCGGCGGCAGUGGGAGUGGACAAGAGAGGUUCUGCGGCGGGAGGCACUGGCGGUGGCGGCUAGCCCGCCGGACGCCUCCUCUGACGGUGCCGCCGGGGAGACCGGGGAGGCUGCGCCUGGUGGGGAGGACGCGAGGAGGAACGGGGAGGCCGUCCCGCUGGAGCUGCUCCUGCUGUACCGCUGCCCCGAACGUGGAAUCCUGCGGGUCUGCAGACAUGAUAUGUUUGCCGAACCCCCCGCGGUGCAGCAGGAGCACCGUGGCGUGGAGGCCAUCAGCGUGAUGGAUGCCCGUGGCAGGAAGAUGGGGGAGAUACGCUUUGACUUUGCGCACCCGCCGCCCCUGCGGCGGCUCAAGAGCUCUCUGCAGAAGCUUCUCUGCUGGCCGUACCUCAUGGACGUCUCUUACCACGUUGCGGAGGAGGAGGAGCGCCUGCCGCUGAGCAGCGAAGCCGACAUCGCCAGUUUCGUCCACAGCGCACAACACUUUGGCCACCAAAACAUUCGCCUCGUUGUGGCACUGCCGAGCAGCCCGUGUCUACCGCCGGACCUCAAUGGGGCGGCUGCCGCCUUCCCCACGCGUGAGCAGCAGCAGCAGCAGCAGCAGCAGCAGGUGGCGCCCGGCAAUGCACCGCCGCAAACUGCAGUGGCCGUACCGCCACCGCCGCCUGGCUCUGGUGACGCCACCGCCGUGCGGAUAAAGAGGGAAGAGACGAAAAAAAUGGUCGCCUCAUACGUGCAGCUGAUGCAAGGGCUCCGGCGCGGUGUCGCUGGCCUGCGAGUAGCGCCGCAAGGGAAGCCAGUGACGGCCCCCGUUUGCGGCAACACCGUGGCGGCUACUGCAGCGACUGCGGUGGAUGCGGCAGAGGCCGAGGCGGUGGCAGCCAAAGCGACACCGGCAACGGCAUCCGCAACGGUGCCGCCCGCCCUUCGUGAGGCGGCGCUGCCAGAUGCCGGCGAGGGUGCGGCGGGGGUUAGGCGGCACGACGGCGGGUUUCUCGUUGUUCACUACGACCUCGACCCGCUGGAGGUACAUGUAACGGGGCCGAUCACCGAGGCGGAGCUUCAGUGCCUUGCUGACGCCGUCACUGCCUGCUGUGCGGGCUUCAACGCGGUGAAGGAGGAGAAUCCCCCCAGCUCUCCCGACUACGCAGGCGGCGCUGCCGCCGAACGGAAAACGUUUCGGCGCGUCUCGGACUCCAUCUACACUCUGCAACUACACGAAUACGGUUCCCCCAGCGAUGUGCAGGUGGCGGAGCUUGAGGCAUGCCUCGUAGACGUUGUCAAGGGCUUUGGAUGCCUUCAAGUCACUGAGGCAACGGAAGAGGUGCUCAAGUGCGUCUAG